AUGACUGCACGCAUCCCGACCCCUCCUGCCAGCCCCCAAGAAAUCACCAUCUUUGUCCUUGGUGGAAACUCCACCGGCAAGACUCGCAUAAUCGAGCGGUACUGGCUCGACGAGUACAAAACGCAGCAUUGCCCUCUUCUCGAGUCAGCCGAUCCGCGCAUGGACCGCACGAUAGCAGGAACACGAUGCAUGCUCACGUUCGUCGAGAUUGGCAUUCCCCAAUCGUGGAUCCGCGACCCGACGGAGAUUUAUAGGCAGUGGGAGAGUGCCACAACCUUUCCGCAUGCUGCGAUGCUCGUUUAUAGUGUCAGCGGGCGCCACACGUUAGAGGCGCUGCAAACUAUAUGGCCCGCUUUAAAGCGGUACUUCGAUAGAGGAAAGUGCAGGGUGGUAGAGGUUGUGGCAGCGAAAUCGGAUGAUGGGGGCGAAGUUACCAUUGACGAGGAACGUGCGUGGGCGAAACAAGUGGGUGCGGCUUUUGGGGAGUGCUCGGCGCGGGAGGGGAAAGGGGUAACGGAGGUUGUGGAGAAGUUGGUCCUGGGAGUGUUGGAGGAGAGGGAGCGGGAGAAAGAAAUCACUUCGCCGCAGGAGAGGACAGACGAUCCUAACAUACGCCGAUCCGCGCGCAUGAUCAAGUAUCUGAGGCAUCGGAUUUGCGGUUAG